AUGAACUACUGGUACGCACCUAUAUCAGACUCUCAACCAAAGGCAGUAUCAAAGUUGCCCCCCGAGCUCAUCGCUGCUGUCGCAGCGCCAUGGCGGUCGACGAACGAGCUGGAAGCCAUCCGCGCCAAAGCGAAGACGUUGGCGCACUACGACAUGGCUGGCGCGGCCCAGGACAUACUUUUGUCCCGGAAGCAGCAGGAGUCAGUUGGCGCCGUUAAGGCUUUGCGGCGGGGUCAGUCUCACGUGCAGGUGCAGACGGACUCCGCCGCGCUGGAUGCCCUCACCGCUGUGGACAACAUGUGGAACGUGCACCUGGACCAGCUACGGAGAGAAGCCUUUGCGGCAGUGCGGGAGCUGCAAGAGAAACACGAAGAGGCGUUAAACAAGAUGAGGCUUGAACAGGUGGCCAAGGCACGGGACGCGGGCAUUCGCCCUGAGCGGCGAAACAAGGAGUUGCUCAACUUACGCCGCAGCGAGUCCGUGCUGGCGUCGAAUAACAACUUCCAUGAAGCGGCCAAGGUGAAGGCCCACGCGGACGAGCUGGCUAACUCCGAGGCCUGCAGUGCGCACAUGUCUUGGCUGCUCAAAUGUCACAGCGCGCAGGAGCGGCUGCUGGCGAAGCAGCAUCGGGAGUUGGAGGUGCUACAGGGACGAUUGGACGUGCGGCUACGAGACGUGGAGGCGGCACGGAACGUCGAUUUGCAGAAGCUGCAGCGGAAGAUUAAGGCCACAUCUUCGCAGCAGCAACGCAGUUUUGCCCGGGAACGCCAUUUCCUGGCAUCGGCCCUCCAUGGCGACAUGCUGAACACCAUCACCACGCGGCCGGGCAGGACCCUUGCACACGCGCUGCCCACCUUGGCGGAAAUGGCGGCCCCAAAGCAGCAGCCAGAGGCCGAGCAGGCGGGCAAUAAGCAACCCGGGGCACCUAGCAGCGCCGGGUCACGAUCAGGAAGUGUUACCAAUACAACGCCUGGCACCGGGUACCUGGGGCCGAGCAGCGCGUCUCCGCGCGGUGGUGCUGCGAGUCGGACUCGAAUCGAAGGCCCUACGGCCAGCCUGGGGGUUCGAUUCGCGCCCACCCCACCGCGGGAGGCAUGGGCCCCUGAGGGGACGGGCGCUGAGAGCAGCAACGCUCCAGGGAGCAGACAGGACAUUGGCUCUGAGCCGAAUGGUGGGCCGCCAUCGGCUGCUGUUGGAUCGGGAACUACAGCAGCCGCAACCGGCAGCGGCAGCUCAGCGCUAACGGAGCAGGCAGUGCGAGCGAUGAACCAGGCUCAGGGCGUUCGGCUGACGGAUGGCCAACGUGGAGCUAGCUCCCUCCAGUCAUCUUCUUUUAAGUCCAACAAGCCGUACGCAGCUGGGGUAUCCAUGCGGGCCAUAGCGCGACCCCUGUAACCUGCCUGGGCAUCUAAAUGUGGACGGGUGAACUGGCGGGGGCCAACAUACAACUGAGCUGUUGGGAGGAGUGUAGAACUCAGGUGCCCGCGGGUUCAAUGAAUUGCGCAUCUGAUAACGUGUGGAUAAACACGUGUAACUAUCUCCUGC